AUGGGUGACAGUGACGAUGAUUUUGAUAAUCGACGUAAUCGCGACAAAUUUCGUCGUGAACGAGAGGAUUAUGGACGUAAUGAUCGAAAUAGAAAUGAUUGGAACGAAAGAGAUCGAUCGAAUCCUAUUCGUCGACGAGAACCAAACCAGUAUCCUACUGGUGCUCGAGAAUAUCCGAGGUAUAGUCGUAGUCCUGGACGAUACGACAUGAGUCCACCUCCACAAAAUAAACGUAUUCGUCGUGACUGGGAUGGUCCAGAUGUUCCACAUUACGAAGGAGUUCCACCUUAUUUUGGCAAUCCAUUUCAUCAUGAAUAUCCGUCAAUGCACCAUAGCGGCUCAGGUGGACAUUUAAAUAGAGAUUCGGUCGAUUAUCCAACACAGCCACCAAUGUUGAGUUUCAAAAACUUUCUUCAUGAUCAGGACGAAAAUAUUGAUCAAGAUGAAGCGGUAAAACGAUACAAUGAUUACAAAAUUGAUUUUAAAAAACAACAGAUCAAUGAUUUUUUCCAAGCACAUAAGGACGAAGAAUGGUUCAAACAUAAAUAUCAUCCAGAUGAAUAUUCAAAACGUCGAGAAGAACAACGUCAAGCAAUUAAAAAACGUUUGGAUGUUUUUAUGGAAUUAUAUAGUAAAGGUUGGCUUGAUGAUGCCAGUGUUGAUGUUGAAAAUCAGCAUAAUUUAACACGUUUUCUUGAUGCUGUGGUUAUUAAAAUGGAAGGUGGAACGGAUCAUGAUUUAAAAUCAUUGGAUGUUAUUCAACCAUCAAGCACAACAAAUGUGGAUAACGAUGAUGAUAUUGAUGAAAUGGGAAUGGGAACAAAACCACCAGAUUCAGUUGGAAAUGAUAAAGUAAUUAAAAGUGAGGGUACAAUAUCUGCGACUGUAACACCGUUAUUACAACCAUCUGCUGGUCCCUCGAUCAAAGAAGAAGCACAUGCAUCGACACCAACGAAUGUCAAUGGUACAAAUAGUAAAGGUGACAAUGAAGACCAUGAGAUGAAAUCGCCGAAACAAGAAUCCAAAGUACCUAAACAAAAACGUACUCAGGCUGUUAAAAAAGAAUAUCGUUCAGAUGGCGAAGGUAGUGGAUCAGAAGACGGUGCUUAUUCGGAUGGUGAAAGUGAUGACGUGAAUGAAACAACAUCUCUUAAAAGUGAACAAACAAAAAAAAAUAAUCGACCAUCAGCAACAUCAUCAAAAGAUAGUAUUGAUCCAAAAGCAAGUUCUAGUCAAGAGAAUAAAGAAGAAGAGCCGGAAGCGGGUGAAGUACCGGAUGCACCAAGACCGUUACACAAAACAUUAUCAAUAUUUUUAAGAAAUUUAUCUUCAUCGACAACAAAAGAAGAUAUUGAAAAUUUAUGUAAACAAUAUACUGGUUUUCGUCGUGUUUGUUUAACAGAUCCGGCACCUGAUCGAAAAUUUUUACGUCGUGGUUGGGUUACAUUUGAUUCAAACGUACAAAUACGUAAUAUUUGCUAUGAAUUAAAUUUAAACAAAAUUCGUGAUGUUGACACAGGUGCUAUUGUUAAUCGUGAACUGAAAAAUCGUAUUCGAAUAAUAAAUGGCAUUGGUCAACAUAAGACAAUUGUACGAAAUGAUUUACGUUCAGCAACAAAAAUAAUUAAAAAUUUAGAUGAACGUUGGAAAAUCUGGGAAAAUAAUAGCGAUAAUACAAAUGAUAAAAUAAAAACAUCAGAUGACUCAGAGAUAUCAUCUUCAACGACCUCUACAACAACGAAGCCGAUUGGAUUUGUUAGUUAUAAUCCAUUAUUGAAAAAUAUUACCGAAUACCUUGUCGAAGAAGGAAACGCCGAAGAAGAAGAAUUACUUGGUGGUAGUGAUUCGCAUAUGCAUGGUAAUCCGAAUGAAUCAACAUUUGAAAUUGAUAAAGAAUUAACAAAGGUAUUAGAUCGUUUGAUACUUUAUCUUCGUGUCGUACAUUCUGUUGAUUAUUAUAAUGCCAUUGAAUAUCAACAAGAAGAUUCAAUGCCAAAUCGUUGUGGAAUUAUUCAUGCUCGUGGACCACAACUAUCCACUGUAUCAACACCAGAAUUAAAUAAUUUUAUGCAACAAUUUGAGUCGAAAUUAAAACCAUUUAUUGAUUAUAAAGAACGGAUAGAUGAUGAUUUAGCUAAAAAAUUAGGCUUGAAAAUUGGACAAGAUGAAGUUGAUAAAUUUAUUAAUGCUAAUUGUCAAGAAGUUGCCAAAGAUAAAUGGUUAUGUCCAAUAAGUGGUAAAAAAUUUAAAGGACCAGAAUUUGUUAAAAAACAUAUUUUUAAUAAAUAUCAAGAUAAAAUAGAAGAUGUUAGACGAGAGGUUAUUUUUUUCAAUAAUUAUCUCUUCGAUCCAAAACGACCACAAUUACCGGAACAUCCAUCAACUCGCCCGCCAAUGCCGCCUCAUCCGUCUGGUUUACCUUUACCAACGCCGUCUCUGGGAGCACCACCACUAUUGUCGCGUCCUCCAAUAUGGCCUCAAAUCACAACACCGGCACAUCCUGUUCCUCCUCAUCCACCUCCAAAUUAUCAUAAUUUUCCACGUUAUCAACCUCGACCAUUUAUUUAUGGCGGUGGUCCACCUGGCGGUCUCCCAAAUCGACGACCAAAUAUGCCUGUAAUACCCGCAGAUAUGAUUACUUCGGCUAGUACAAAUCGCCAACUAGUUGGUUAUGAGGAUUUAGAUGCACCAAAUGAAAUGCUUGUUUAA